GUGAAAUGAAUACUCGCGUUUCGGAAUAAAUGAGAGAAAGUGGAGAGACGAUGUAAGCUACAAUCAACACUAUAAAUAGGGAAAAGAAAAAGCAUACCAUUCUCCUGUCUCAACAAUAGCAGCUGAAAAAAUAGAAAAAAAUGGUUUCUUAUAGGAAGCUUAAGGUUUUCAUCAUGUGGUACAUUGGUAUUAUUAUGUUUUUGCUCGGAGGCAUGGGUCCAGUCCAUGCUUUAGUUCAUAAGUUUGAAGUGAGAAGAUCUUCACACACCAGGCUAUGCACCACCAAAAGCAUCCUAACGAUAAACGGGCAGUUCCCAGGGCCAACUAUAUAUGCUAGAAGGGGAGAAUUGGUGGUAAUCGAUGUUAUUAAUCGCGCCGAUCAAAAUAUAAGUAUCCAUUGGCAUGGAGUAAAAAUGCCGAGAUAUCCAUGGACAGAUGGCGCGAGCCAUGUGACGCAGUGUCCUAUUAGUCCCGGCAAGAGGUUUAGACAACGGAUGUUGCUCUCCAACGAAGAAGGCACUUUAUUUUGGCACGCCCACAGCGAUUGGUCUCGAGCUACUGUGUAUGGCGCCAUCAUCAUUCUACCGCCCAAGACACACACUUAUCCUUUCCCUAAGCCUCAUGCUGAAGUGCCCAUCUUACUAGGAGAGUGGUGGAAUGCCGAUGUGCAAGAAGUUUACGAGGAUUCUAUAGCCCAAGGAAUCGAUGCCAAUUUUUCUGAUGCUUUCCUCAUGAAUGGUCAACCUGGCGACAUGUACCCCUGCUCAAAACAAGAUACAUUCAAGUUGAGUGUGGAGCCGGGCAAGACUUACCUGAUCAGAAUGAUCAACGCAAUGUUGAGCUACAUUAUGUACUUCAAAAUCAAGGACCACAACGUGACGGUGGUGGGCAUGGACGGCGCCUACACGAAACCGCUGAACACCGAUCACAUUGCGAUUGCCCCCGGCCAGACCAUAGAUUUCCUUCUGGAAGCCAACCAGCCGCCCAGCCGUUAUUACAUGGCCACAAAAAUAUACGCCAGCCCCUGGUGGCAUACUUACGUCCCCACCACCGGAAUCCUUGAGUACGUUGGUAACUACAUCCCCCCCUCAUCACUGGAGUUUCCAUAUUUCCCUAAAUUCGGUGGCUAUGGCUGGGCCGAGUCCAUCCAUUUCAGUAGCAAGCUCAGAAGCCUCGCCAACGACAAGCACCCCAUCAAAGUUCCUAUGAACAUCACCCACAACCUCUUCUUCACUCUCACCAUCAAUAUGUGGCCCUGUGAGACAAAUUCUUGCGAGAGGAACAACAGGGUGCUGGCCAGCAUGAACAACAUCUCCAUGCUGUCCCCGCAAACCCAAAAUAUUCUUGAGGCCUAUUACAAAGGGAUCGGAGGAGUUUUCACGACCGAUUUCCCGGCGAAGCCAGCAAGAAUAUUCAACUUCACGCAAGGUCAUAAGUCAUUGUAUGAGGGGCGCACCGAAUUCGGAACGGCUGUGUAUAUGUUGGACUACAACUCAGAAGUGGAGAUCGUGUUUCAAGGCACCAACUUUGGCGAGGGAAGCGAUCAUCCCAUGCAUUUACAUGGAUACAGCUUCUACGUUGUCGGAGCUGGAUACGGGAACUUCGAUCCGAACAGGGAUCCGCAAAACUUUAAUCUCAUUGACCCGCUCUUGAUGAACACCGUUACCGUUCCAAGAAAUGGAUGGAGCGCUAUCAGAUUUAAGGCUAACAAUCCAGGAGUGUGGUACAUGCACUGCCAUUUCGAUCGUCAUCAGACUUGGGGAAUGAAGAUGGUGUUCAUCGUUAAGGACGGGGAAGCCCCCAAUGAGAAGAUGUUGCCUCCGCCCCCAGAUAUGCCCCGCUGUCAACCGCCCCCUCAACAAUUAUUAUUUAGGAUUUAAUUAUUGUUAAUUAAAGCUUAAUUUGUAAUAGCUACGUACUGUACAUGAAUGUCUCUUGAUCAGUUUAUAGAGUGUCUCCUACUAUCUCUACCUAUAUUUAUUGUGUGUCAGCACCUUUAUGUAUUCCUCUUCAUGUAUCCAUCACCUAUAAAUUAAUACCUUGGUAUGUAGAUGGAUAAUCAUUAUAUCAAGUAUUAUCCAUAUAAUCCAAUGGAGCUUUGCCAUCUA